UCCAGACUUUUUCAUGGCAAGUUUUUUUGGAAGUUAGGGGAGGGAAGAAGAAUCUGCAACUUUCCUAUCCAGCUUAAACGACACAAAUGGAUACUUUAUUACCGCUCUAAGAUCACCAUCCGCGUUUUCAACACAUGAGGACAUUUUGCGCGGCGGUUAGAUUUUGGAUAAUGAAGGAAUUCGGGAAAACCCAAAAGGGAUCGGAUGAGAAGUGCAGAAUGAAACAGUUUGGAAGGACUUCGGGAAAACUUUAAAGUUAGUUUUUUUUUAAUUUACCAUGCCGCUUUUGGAAACCUAUCCUAAAUCUAAAGAACAGAGCAACCCAUCUUGGUCUUUCGGUACAUUAGUUUGCUGAAGCACAAGAAAACAAAGUGAUUUUUUUCUCCCUUUUUUGCGCAGUUGAAUCCCCCCCCCCUUCCAAGAUGUCUUCCAAGAGUUGGAGCUCCAUUGUUGGAUUUUACGGGAUGCUUUGCAUCUGGGCUGCCUGGCUUUCUGGCUGCGGGGCAGUGCUCUCUCCAAACGGGACGAUAUUUGAGGAUACCUGCAAGAAAACCACAACUUGCGAGGUGCUUAAAUAUAACACGUGUUUGGGAUCGCCUUUACCAUACACUCACACUUCUCUGAUCCUGGCGGAGGACUCCAGCACCCAAGAAGAGGCUUUUGAGAAGUUGACCAUGUGGUCCGGUUUGCGGAAUGCCCCUCGCUGUUGGUCGGUCAUCCAGCCUCUGCUCUGCGCCGUCUACAUGCCCAAAUGCGAAAACGGCCGAGUUGAACUGCCCAGCCAGAGCCUCUGUCUGACUACACGUAGUCCAUGUAGCAUCGUGGAUCGGGAGCGAGGCUGGCCCAGCUUUCUCAAAUGUGACAAAUUCCCUGUGGGCUGUUCGAAUGAGGUGCAAAAGCUGAAGUUCAACACAUCGGGCCAGUGUGAAGCUCCUCUGGUGAAGACGGACAUUCAGUCGAGCUGGUACAAGGACGUGGAGGGCUGUGGUAUCCAGUGUGACAAUCCUCUGUUCACUGAAGAGGAGCACAAUGACAUGCACGCCUACAUCGCUUACUUUGGAACCAUCACCCUCCUCUGCACUUUCUUUACCCUGGCCACAUUUCUUGCAGACUGGAAAAACUCCAACCGCUACCCAGCCGUCAUUCUCUUCUACAUCAACGCCUGUUUUUUUGUGGGCAGCAUCGGCUGGCUGGCCCAAUUUCUGGAUGGCGCACGUGAAGAGAUUGUAUGCAAGAGCGACAACACGAUGCGACUCGGGGAGCCCUCGUCUUCGGAAACGCUGUCAUGUGUCACCAUCUUCAUCAUCGUCUACUACUCCCUGAUGUCAGGUGUGAUUUGGUUUGUCAUGCUGACAUAUGCCUGGCACACAUCCUUCAAAGCUCUGGGCACUACUCACCAGCCACUGUCUGGUAGAACCUCUUACUUCCACAUGGUCACCUGGUCCAUCCCCUUUGUCCUCACUGUGGCCAUCCUAGCAAUCGCUGAGGUUGACGGAGACUCUGUGAGCGGGAUCUGUUUUGUGGGCUACAAGAACUACAGGUAUCGCGCUGGCUUUGUGCUUGCACCCAUUGGAGUGGUGCUUGUUGUUGGUGGCUACUUCCUCAUUCGCGCUAGAAGGUGUGGGAGGCACACACUGUGGGCACUGUUGGAGACACAGACUAAUCGUCUCUGUCGUAUUUUCAACAGGUGUGAGGCCAACGUGACAAUCGCCUCUCAGACAAACAAGCCCAUCCCAGAAUGCACCAUUAAGAACCGCCCCAGUCUGAUGGUGGAGAAAAUUAACCUGUUUUCCAUGUUUGGGACGGGUAUCGCCAUGAGCACCUGGGUCUGGACCAAAGCCACCAUCCUCAUCUGGAAACGCACCUGGUUGCCCCCUCCAGAGGAGAGGAACCGCCUGUGGAUGGUGGAGGCCGAAAUUUCACCAGAAAUGAUAAAGAGGAAAAAGAAGAAGAAGAAGAAGAGGAAGAAGGAGGUGCGUCCGGUUGAGGAGAUGGUGGACCACCAGGUUUAUCGCCAGCGUGAGUUUGGUCGCAGCUCAGUGCCCCGUCUGCCCAAACUGCCUCCUCAUCCAAGCCUGGUUGCCAAUCUGCAGGAACAGCAGAGACAACAACAGAAGAUUGAGGAGGAAGUUCUGCCUGGGUCUUACCCAGACUUCCAACCUUCGCGCCGUCUGUCAUGCGAGGAGAAGUGUCCCUACCUGCAGUACCAGACCAGCCAGAAUGGCUAUGGCCACAGCAUGCUGUCUGACCCCCUGACCUUCAGAGAUCGUCCAGAGGAUCUGGGUCUUGGUCCACGUUACCCUCCCUCCAAUUGGCAGCCUAGUGCGUCUUCACGCUACCCUGGAAAUAUGGAUAUCACUGAUGGAAUAUCAGAAAGAAUGGCCCACGUGGCUCGGGUACCAGCAGGCCGGAGGGCUGGUUACGGACCCAUCCACUCCAGGACCAAUUUAAUGGAGGCGGAGCUUAUGGACGCUGACUCUGACUUCUAAAAUCAUAGCUGAAAUAGACUAUUUUAAGGUGUACGUACAUAGCAAGGUAAAAAAAAAAGUGCUGGAUACUUUCGCAAAUUCUUACUAAAGUGCAGCAAAAUCCCAAUGCCUGGACGUUAAGAUGGAACAAAGCUGGUCAUUUUUUUUUCUUAAAAAAACGCAAAG